ACCACGUGGGCUUUGCCUGAGUGUACCAGUGUGAGCCUUUCCUCAUUCAACUCUGCGGCAAAUCUCACAGUGUAGAAAUCGUUGCCGAUGUCUUAGGCUUCCUCGGCGUCUUCAUCCUCUUCGCAGCAACUGCCACUCGCCGCAGCGUCACAGUAGCAACCUAAGUUACCUUCCGUUGGCCGAUAUCGACUCGGUGACGCCGUGAGAUCUCUCCCUUCGCAUUCGUCUUUCUUCGUGCUCCCCGCUAGAGCUUUCUUGCAAAUUGAGGAGAUAAACAGGGGGAAAGAUGGAAUUUCCCCUUUCAUGUCCGGUGGUCCAGCUGCCUCAGUCCACGACACGCGUGUCGAGUUCACCAAGGAUCAAAGUGCGUGUACGCUAUCUUUGUCCGACAGCGGAUCCGACGUGCCCCGUCCCCUCCAAAAGAAACCCUAAUUUUGCACCAGUAGCCAACGACUGCGUUCUCCCACCACCUUCACUCUUCGAUGGCAAGCCCGUAAUAAAUCGCCAUAGCCAGUGGCCUUUUCAUAUAUCCGCGUCCAUAUCGCCAAUACGUCAAGCGAACACCACAUCUUCCCUUCUCUCUGUCUCUCUCUCCAACCCCACGCCAACACCUAGCUCACCUUCCAACGAAACCCUAACCCACUGCGUCCUCCGAUUCGGACCGCGGAUGGCACGGCGGAAGUGAUCCCAUCUCCUUCCACCGGACGCCGGAGCUUCCGGCCGCAGAGCGAUGUCGGUGAGAGGCGCCGUCGAUCGGAGGGAUGGGUCCCCGUCGAGCAAUGGGAACGGGAACGGACCGGCAAAGGUCCAGCCGGCGCCGUCCAGGCCGACCUACGGGGACCGGCGUCUGAGGCUGAACCCGAACACGGAGCACAAACCGGAGCGGUACGACGACGUUCAGUCGGAGUUCGAUCCGGCGAUCUUCAGCUCCCUGGAGCGGCACCUCCCGCCCAGCAUGCUCGAGGUACCGCGGGAUGGCAAGGUGCAGUUCAUGAAGGAGAUCCUCGCGCGAUACUUGCCUGAGGGGGAGCGAAUUAGGGUUCAGAGACACAAAGAGUACAGACAAAAAUUGAUGUCAGCUUAUCAGCCUUUGCAUAAAGAAUUAUACAAUCUGCAUCCGUCAGCCUUUUUUAUGCAAUCAUUUGUUAAAGCUAUCAAUGAUAACACAGAGGAGAGCUUCAGAAAUAUACUUUCUGAACCAUCACCUGGAAUAUAUACAUUUUCUAUGCUACAGCCAAGUUUCUGUGAAAUGUUAUUAGAUGAGGUGGACAAUUUUGAAAAAUGGGUCAACACUAUCAAGUUCAAAAUAAUGCGACCGAAUACAAUGAAUAAGUACGGUGCUGUGCUUGAUGACUUUGGCUUGGAAGCCAUGCUUAACAAGCUUAUGGAAGAAUUCAUAUCCCCAAUGGCUAGAGUAUUCUUCCCUGAGGUUGGCGGAUCAACUCUCGACUCACAUCAUGGCUUUGUGGUUGAGUAUGGAAAGGACAAGGAUGUUGAACUAGGAUUCCAUGUGGAUGACUCAGAAGUCACUCUAAAUGUGUGUUUAGGCAAAGAUUUUUCUGGUGGUGAAUUGUUUUUCCGGGGAGUUCGAUGUGACAAACAUGUGAACACAGAGACACAAACAGAGGAAAUCUUUGACUACUCUCAUGUCCCUGGUCAAGCUGUACUUCAUCGUGGACGCCACCGACAUGGGGCUCUCCCCACAAAUUCUGGACACAGAAUCAACAUGCUUUUGUGGUGUAGAAGUUCAGUCUUCAGAGAGAUGAGGAAGUUCCAAAAGGAUUUCUCUAGCUGGUGCGGUGAAUGUCAACGCGAGAAGAAAGAAAGGCAGCACCAGUCGGUGGUCGCUGCCAAGAUGACUUUUCUGAAGGGCUAUGGAGGAGCCAACAUUUGAGGUGCUUUGGUUAUGUAUUUUAAAGGGUGGUUGUAAAGUAGCGUGAUUGUCACCUAAAGCGACCUUUGAAUUCUCUAAAAAAGUUAACGUUGUUCUUGAGCUUGUCUGUACUUACAGGUUAUUUGUAUAUGUAUAUACCAGUAUUUAUCCAUAACAAUCUUCGCAACUUCCAGCA